UUCGCCUUUUUCACCGCCUGCUGUACCUGCAUGCCCACUUUCAAUGACUGGUGUAUAAUGACACCCAGGUCUCGUUGCACCUCCCCUUUUCCUAAUCGGCCACCAUUCAGAUAAUAAUCUGUUUUCCUCUUUUUGCCACCAAAGUGGAUAACUUCACAUUUAUCCACAUUAAAUUGCAUCUGCCAUGAAUUUGCCCACUCACCCAACCUAUCCGAGUCACCCUGCCACCCAGCUUUGUGUCAUCCGCAAACUUGGAGAUGCUGCAUUUAAUUCCCUCAUCCAAGUCAUUAAUAUAUAUUGUAAACAACUGGGGUCCCAGCACUGAGCCUUGCGGUACCCCACUAGUCACCGCCUGCCAUUCUGAAAAGGUCCCGUUUAUUCCCACUCUUUGCUUCCUGUCUAUUAACCAAUUCUCCACCCACACCAAUACCUUACCCCCAAUACCGUUUCCACAUCCUUCCUGUAGUGAGUACUCCAAGUGGGGUCCCACCAGGGUCCUAUGUAGCUGCAAUGUUACCCCGGCUCCUAAGUUCAACUCCAUGAUUGAUGAAGGCCAAUACACCGUAUACGUUCUUAACCACAGCCUCAUUAUCAUCAUGUCAUCAGCAGCACAAGGGGUCUCAACACACACAACCAUGAUAUUUCACGAUCAGGAAUGCCUACCGUUUGGAAAUCUGAUCACUUGGCUGUCCUCCUCCAACCUGCAUACAAGCAGAGGCUAAGAGCAAGGCUGCAGAGAUGAGGACAACAAAGAGGUGGUCGCGGCAGGCAGAGGAGUGCUUCGAGUUGGUGGACUGGGCCUUGUUCAAGGCCUGAUCAGAGGAUCUGAAUGAAUAUGGCAAGGUGGUCACAGACUUUAUAAAGUCAGUUAUAGGUGAGUGUGUCCCCACACAAGUCAUUUAGGGUCUUCUGCAACCAGGAGUCCUGAAGAAACCAUGAGAUGGACAGUCUGUGGGGGGCCAGAGCAGUGGUGUGCAGGUCUGGCGACCAGGAGAUACGAUCUCCGGAAAGCUAUCUCACAUGCCAAGUGCCAAUUCCAGACUAAACUUGAAUCAGUGAAGGAUGCUCGGCAGCAGUGGCAGGACUUGAAUACUAUCACAUUCUGCAGAGUGAAACCAAGAGCCAUAGGUGACAGCAAGGUUUCACUCCCAGAUGAGCACAACACCUUGUGUGAUUGCUUUGCCUGUUAAAACAUGAAGGCUGCUUCAUGAACUCCCGCAGCCCACGAUGACCCAGUGAUUUCAGUCUCUGAGGGUGACGUGAGAGCAUCCUCCAGGAGGGUGGACCCACAGAAAGCAUCUGGCUAUCGUCAAGUGGCAUUUACAUUAACUGUGCUGAAGAGUUUUGAGAGGUUGGCAAUGAAAUGUAUAAGCCCCUGCCUGAGAAGUGACUUGGAUUCACUCCAAUUGGCCUACCGGAGCAACAAGUCAACAGCAGAUGCCAUUUCAUUGGCUCCGCACUCAACCCUGGAACAUCUGGACUGAAGAUGCACACAUCAGGAUGCUCUCCGUUGACUAUAAUUCUUCAUUCACUAUCACCCCUCAAAACUAAUCAAUAAGCUUCAAGACUUUGGUUUCAAUACUUCCUUGUGUAACUGGUCCUCAAUUUCCUCACUUGCAGACCCCGGCAAGUUCAGAUUGGCAACAACAUCUCCUCCACAAUCUCCAUCAGCACAGGUGCACACAACGCUGUGUGCUCAGUCCCCUGCUCUCCUCACUUUACACUUACGACUAUGAGGCUAAGCACAGCUGGAAUGCCAUACUUAAGUUGCUGACAACAUCCCCGUUGUAGGGCGAAUCAAAGGUGGUGAUAAAUCAGCAUAUAGGAAGGAGACUGAAAAUCUGCCUGUGUGUUGCCACAACAGCCUUGGAAGUAUCAGUAAGACUAAAGAGCUGAUUAUUGACUUCAGGAGGUGGAAACCAGAGGUCCAUGAGCCAGUCCUCUCUGGGGGAUCAGAAAGGGAGAGGGUCAGCAACUCUAAUUUCCUCGGUGCUGUUAUUUUGGAGGACCUGUCCUUGGUCCAGUAUAUUUCCUGAAAUUGAAAUGACAUCCAAAGUGCUGGCAGACAGAGUUCGGAGUCCAGCGGGUGGAGAUGGCGUGCCAUCUCUCCAGAGGAGCCAGGCAGUGGAUUACGGAGAGAAGGACUCGCUGGACCCCAACUUGGUAUCACGUUUAGACUCCGGACUGGGUGCUGGGACAACUUGCUUGUCCAUGGAUGGGAAUGAGAACGGCAACAUGGCUGCUGGCGUGUCCUCAACUGGGGGCUUGAAUGAGACUUCAGCUGGGCAAGUCUUCAGAAGGCAAGAGGAAUUUGCCAAUGACAAAAGUAACAAUGAAAGCACAGCUUUAGGUGAAGCUGGUUACGACGAGGCUGGUCUCUGCUCUGAGGAGGAUGUGCUCAACUUCACCUUUAAGGUUUGCGACACCGAGAGCACAGGUAGAGUUGCGGCUUCAGUCAUCAUUCAGUAUCUACGGGAGAUGACAGGACAAGACACAGAUGGCAGGUUACAAGUGCUACAUAACAUGCUGGACCCAGAGCGAAAGGAUGUCGCUGUCGACCGAGGGAGCUUCCAUUUAACAAUGAGAAGAUGGAUCGCAAAUUGCACUCAGGAUGGGCCAUCAGAUGAAAAAGCAUCUCUGAAUCUGAGAGAGAAUCCCAGACUUCAAUCGACAGAGGGUAAGUGGAAUACAGAAGACACAGUUGGGGGCAAGAGUGACCCUGGUGAUCCUCUCAGCCGCUUCCUCUCCACCAUGUAUGGUCGGAUGUCGAACCCCUCCUCUCCCAUGACAUCCUUCAGCACUUGGAGACUAGCCAGACUCUUGAUUUUUGCCUGGUUGUCCUCGCCGGCCAUGGUGAACGACGCUCCGAUAACCCUGUCCUUCGAGAGCUCCAACGCCAGCCUUUUCCUGAUCACGGCUAUCGGUAUCAGCACCUCCAACUUCGGCGGCAGGUCGAGGUGCUCCGCGGGGAAUGCAGGGUGA